UAAUUCCGUGGAGCUCUUACACUUGCAUUUACCAUCAAUCACGCCUCCGCUUGCUUCCCGCAGGCCGGCUUCUUUAUUCUCGUUACCACAUCGUGCCCGAUCGCCCAAAUGGUCUUGUGAUUGCUCCUCCCUGUCAUCGGUUACAACUCGAUCCCAAUAUUCAAAAUCUUAUAAAGUUCCCCAUUCAUAUCCUUUGAUCCCCCAUUCUUCUACUCCACUGGUCUUUUGUCCCCCGUAGUUACCUACCCCACACCGUAAAACAAUUUCACCGGUGUCCCUUUCACCAUCCCGUCAUUCAAAAUGUGCAAUCUCGAAACCGAAGGAACAAAAUUUGGAUGUGGGCAUUACAAGGUGACGCGCAAACUGAAGAAGAUCGAUUGCUACAACCAGUAUUGCAUCCACUCCGUCUAUCAUCCCAGGAAUUGUCCUGAUUGCCAUUGCGAACGUUACUUCGGUCCCGACGCAAGAGAAACCAUCACCCACAGAACAGCCGAUUACUGUGUUUCAUGUCAGUACUGGUUCAAGGACGGAGCUUCCCAGCGUCGUUAACCUCGAUGGUUUCGACCGCCCCGGUGGCUUCUUCGCUAAAUCUAUCCAGAAAGCAUCUAUAAUGCCGUUUUAUUCUAUUAAUUAUCACUCUAGUCACGCCUUGCUUUGCACACCACUUUGCUGUGUCAUUUUGUAGUUCUAGGCUUACUUGUCGCAUAUUUUACUUACGCAUUAUUUAUCU